AUGUCUACCGGUGCAAACGCCUCCCAGAAUGAUCCCAUGCAGCACCCCCUCGAGGCCAUUUCUCAGGGUAUCCAGAGUAUGGCUGGAGAGAAACGUGCACCAAGGCAAAGUCAUAUGGGUUCGGCCAACGAGGGACCUGCUGACAUAGCUGCAAAGAUCUCCGGCGCUGUUCAGGGCGGAUUGCGUGAGGACGACGGCCCUUACUUUACUACCAAUGAAGGUAUUCCGUGGCCUGACCCAGCACACAGCAAAACCGUUGGUGGUAUUCCUGUAGCGAGCGAUGUCUUUCUAUUCCAGAAGCAGCAGACUUUCAACCGUUCCAAGAACCUCGAGCGUAUGGUACAUCCUUGUGGUUCCGGCGCGUUUGGAUACUUCGAGUGCACUCAGAAGGUUGAUUCCCUCACGAAAGCCAACUUCCUCUCCAGCGUAGGCGAAAAGACUCCCGUCUUCGUCCGUUUCUCGACGGUUACGGUUGGCCGUGAGUACCCUGAUGAAGCUCGCAACCCCCGUGGCUUCGCCAUCAAGUUCUACACCAUGGAGGGCAACUACGACAUCGUCGGUCUUAACUUCCCGGUCUUUUUCUGCCGCGAUCCCAUCCAGGGCCCAGAUGUAAUCAGAUCGCAAGCCCGUAACCCAAGGAACUUUCUUCCAGAUUACGACGCUAUCUUCGAUUUGCUGGCAAACACCCCAGAGAGUAACCACGCCGGUCUCAUGUUCUUCAGUGAUCAUGGCACACCGGUUGGCUGGCGCUUCAACCAUGGAUAUGGCUGUCAUACCUUCAAGUGGGUUAACGCUGAGGGCAAGUUCGUCUACAUCAAGUACCACUUCAUCGCCAAGCAUGGCCAGAAGCAGUUCACCCAGCGGGAAGCGACACAGAUGUGUGGUGAAGACCCAGACUACUCCAAGCGCGACCUAUGGGAAGCCAUUGAGAAUGGUGAGGAGAUCGAAUGGACCGCCAUGGUACAGGUCAUGGAGCCUCAGGAUGCGGAUCCCGAGAAGCUCGGCUUCGACCCCUUCGAUGUCACGAAGAUCUGGCCGCGUAAGCAGUUCCCUAUGCAAGAGUUCGGCCGUCUGGUUCUGAACAAGAACCCUGAGAACUUCCAUCGCGAUGUCGAGCAAGCCGCUUUCUCGCCUGGCAGCAUGGUCCCCGGUAUUGAAGACUCGCCCGACCCAUUGCUCCAGUUCCGAAUGUUCUUCUACCGCGAUGCGCAGUAUCAUAGAAUCGGUGUGAAUCUUCACCAGAUCCCCGUCAACUGCCCCUUCAUGUCGAAGUCAUUCUCGCCUCUGCAGUUUGACGGUCAGAUGCGUGUCGAUGCCAACCACGCAGGAAACAAGCAAUACGUACCCAACAGCUUCGCACACAAAUUCCGUCCCGAUGUCGCUGAGGCGCCAUACCAGGUCUCAGACAACAUCAUGAGCCGCAAGAGUCAUUACUGGCACGAGGCCAAGAAGAGCGAGUAUGAUCAGGCAAGGGAGUUGUGGAGUAGGGUGAUGUCGCCUGAGAAGAGGCAAAACACCAUCACCAACACCUUCAACAUGCUCAAGUUCAAGAAGUACCUUGCACAAGUCUACAACAUCGGUCCUGACUAUGCUCAAGGCAUCUACGAUCUACUUGCAAAGUCGAAUUCCAAGCCUGAGUUCCCCUUCUCAGAGGUCGAGAAAUUGUCCGAAUCUGCACAUGUCUGGUUUAAGGAAGAGAUGUUCCGGCCUUCGAAUGGAGAGAGGCUGACCGGGUAUGCGCCAAGUGCGCAAGUCUACAACUAA